CACUGAUAUCGCAGAGCAGGCGAGUGGAUGCAGCUUCUCAAAUAGACGAUCUUUGCUGUGACGCAUUUUUCGCGCGAAGCUUGGUUUAGGAAGCUAAACUGAAGGAGGCAGAAUGAGUAAAAAGGAUAACGGAGCGUCUCUCAUCCUCUCCUAUAUUAAUGAGAAAAACCGUCCCUACAGUGCUCAAGAUGUCUUCUGUAAUUUACAAAAGCAGCAUGGGCUGGGCAAAACGGCUGUGGUCAAGGCCAUGGAGCUGCUGGCGCUGGAGGGCAAGAUAAAGGAGAAAACAUAUGGAAAGCAAAAGAUUUAUUUUGCAGAUCAGGCUCAAUUUGAGGAUGUGAACGAUGCAGACCUGCAGGCCAUGGACGGUCAGACCUCUAAGCUCAGUGCAGAAGUGCAGUCCCUCACCCAGACCUGCAGACAACUAGAUGCAGAGCAGAAGGAGCUCAACAGCGCUCUGACAACAGAGGAAAUCAAGUCAGAGAUCCAAAAGCUGAAAGCUGAGUGUGCGGGGUACAGAGCUCGAAUGGAGAAGAUAAAGUCAGCCACAAAUCACGUCACACCUGCAGAGAAAGAGAAGGUUUACAAAGAGCGUGAUGUCUAUGUGAAAGAGUGGAAAAAGAGGAAGAGAAUGGCUUCUGACAUGAUGAACCAAAUCCUGGAGGGGUAUCCAAAGAGCAAGAAAGAGUUCCUGGCUGAAGUUGGAGUGGAGACCGAUGAGGACUGUAAGGUGGUUGUUCCGAGCACUUGAAUGAAAGAGGAAACGUCUGUUCAUUGACUUCAUCAAUGUCAGCCUGUACAGUGCCAAGCUGAGAAUAUAGUUUACAUCAGAGCAGCCUGAGUGGCUGCACGUUUUCAUUUACAGCCUUACUUUUCAACAUAAACAUACACCUUUAAUGAAGCUACAUGUGAAAGAAUGUUUUUUUACUGAUAGUAUGUUGUUAUAAAAAUAGCUCCGUCAUGUGACUGACACACUGCAUCACAUGAUUGGACAGCAACACUGGUGUAUUUAUUUCCUUAAAGUCCAAAAGACAUUCAUUUUAGUGUAUGAAUCUGUACAUUCUUUGUUAUUCUACAUGUUUCAUCCAUUCCUUUGCCUUUGUUUUAAACUGUACAUAAAAAAACAAUGUAAAUUUAAAUGUGUCCCAAACCUUUAAGUAUUGUUUCCUGUUUUGUUAACUGUUCCUUUAAUCAGUUUUGCUGCCAAGUUAUUAAAUGUUGAUGAAAGGAAUGUGUGGUGUAUCUCUCAACACUGUAGAGAUUGUACAGCUUGAGUAGUUGUAGAUAUCAGCACCAGCUCCCAGCUGUAUGUUCUGUCCUCAUCUCAGACUUUUUUUUUAUUUCACAACGGACAAAUUAAACAACAUAUUUCUUUACA